AUGGCGUAUACAGGAAUUGUAUCAACAUUGGCCGUUUUUGGCUUUGUUGUUUUGUUGCUGAAAUUGCUCUCGACCGCUUUUGCCUCUCCUCUGAGGAAAUUUGAUGGGCCUUUUGCAGCGAAAUUCACGGAUUUCUGGCGUCUGAUAGACACAUACCGAGGUCGAUGCGACAUUACGCAGACGAAACUGCAUCGUAAAUAUGGACCUGCCGUAAGGAUUGGACCAAAUAUCAUCAGCCUCAGCGACCCUGGAAUGAUCAAGACUGUGUUCAACGUCAAGGCGCCGUGGAAAAAGAGCCAUAUGUACAAUCCAAACGAUGUCAUGGUCAACGGCGUCCGAGUCUCGAAUAUUUUUGGAACAACCAACGAGGAAUGGCACACAAAGGCAGUCCGCCCCAUCAGACAACUAUAUACAAUGACCAAUGUUCGUGACUUCGAAUCACUUCUCGAUCCUGUCAUUGCGCGUUUCACCCGAACUUUGGAAGAGAGGUUCAUGGACGGAGAAAAUGCUGGGAAGCCGUUCGACGCCAGUGAAUGGGUCAAUUAUUUUGCUUGGGAUGCCAUGAGUGAAAUGACCUUUAGCAAACCUUUUGGCUUCAUUACCGAAGGUCAAGAUGUGGGGGGUUUUCUCUCGAUCUCGGAGCGGUCUCUCGACUACUACGCAUCUGUUAGUCAAGUGCCGGUACUGGAUUUCGUCUUUGACAAGAAUCCAGUCCGACGAAUCGGACCCCCGACAUUUUCUUGGGCGACCGACUUCGCCGUUCAGGCUUUGGGAGAACGUUUGGCCAGACGGGCCGUAACAGCAGAAGAAAAGUCCGAAUCGAAGAAGGCUGACGGUAAGAAAGAGGCGAAGGACUUCCUUGAUUGCUUCCUAGAAGCAAAGGUCACGCAUCCGGACUUCGUCGAUGACAAUCAAGUUGUCAACUACCUGCUCAUCAAUCUCCUUGCUGGAAGUGACACGACGGCCAUCUCCCUUGGUGCGAUCAUCUAUUAUACUCUGAAGAAUCCUGGCGUCCAUAAGAAACUGGUCGAUGAACUUCACAACGCUACCCUGAGCUUUCCUGUCGCCUGGUCCGAGACGCUGUCGUUGCCUUAUCUCAAGGCCGUCGUAAGGGAAACCCUCCGCAUCCAUUCGGGAGUCGGCCUGAUGCUCGAACGUAUCGUCCCGGCCACCGGAUUAACAUUACCAGACGGCCGAUAUAUUCCAGGAGGCUCCGUUGUCGGCAUGAAUCCAUGGGUGGUGCACCGCAGCGAAGAGUACUUUGGGCCCAAUGUCGAUGAAUUUGUACCCGAAAGAUGGCUUCCAAUGGCAGGCGAGACUGAGGAGGAAUUUAAAAAGCGUGAGACGAAGAUGAAAGAAGCCGAUCUCACGUUUGGUCACGGCACAAGAAUUUGCAUGGGCAAAAAUCUCAGCAAACUUGAGGCGGAUAAGGUCGUCGCCACGCUUUUCAAAUAUUAUGACCUCGCGCUGGUCGAUCCAAAUAAGCCAUGGACCGUGAAAAACUCAUGGUUCACGUACAACAAGAACAUCAAUAUCACGAUCGCCAAAAAAAAGAGUUGA